AUGGUUUUAAAGGCAGAAUACGUCAAGAGCCCAAGUGCAACACUUCCCUCCAGUAUGCCUUCUUGCAGGUCUCUGUCAUCCAGCGAGGAUGAUCCCAAUGGGCAUUCCAGCCUUUCAGAGGGAGAACUUUCCCGGAAUUUACAGGAAAGUGUCAAGCACCGCAUCCUCUACCUCUCAGAGCAGCUGAAAGUGGAGAAGGCUAGUCGGGAUGAGAACACCGUGAGCUACCUCAGGCUAGUGUCCAAAGCUGACAGGCAUCAAGCUCCACGUAUCCGGCAGGCCUUUGAGAAGGUGAAUCAGCGCACUUCUGCCACCAUUGCCCAGAUAGAGCGAAGGCUCCGUCAGUGUCAUCAGCAGCUCCAGGAACUGGAGGAAGACUGUAGGUCCAAGGGCUCAGUACUUAAGGUGAAAAGCAGUCUGGACAACUGUGAGCAGCCCAGUGCAAAGGCCACGGUUUCCAAGUCCCCCAAGCUGGGUGGGGAAGAUGGUCUAUCCUCCAACUUGCCUGAUGUCACCAGACCCUUCACUCUGGAGAGUCACUUCUCAGACUUGCAACAGGAGAAUUUCUCAGAGACAAAGCACAUGUCCCAGAAACGAAAGCUACAAUUGCAGAAGGUGAAGGAAGAGCUGACAGAAGUUAAUAAGUUCCACAUUGACCUUCAAGUGUACUACCAGGACCUUGAGGGGAGGUAUCUGAUGGACCUUCAGAUGUCACUGGAGUCCCUUCAGGAGGAAAAAUGCAGACAAGCAGUGAUUGAAGAACAGGUGAAUGAUCACUUUCAGGGGCAUCUGGACGCAAUUUACCAUCUCAAGCAGAAUCUGGCCUGCACUGAAGAGAAAAUGUCCUAUCUGUCCUAUGAGAGAGCCAAGGAAAUAUGGGAGGUCAUGGAGACUUUCAAGAGUCGAAUAUGCAAGCUAGAAACUCUACAACAAGUCACCCAAGUGGAGAUGAUGGCAAACCUUAGAAGCCGUCCCCAGGAGUAUUUGUUCAGAUUCGUGAGCCUGCUCCUCACACUGGCCACAGCCCUCUUGGUCUUUGUCUCCGCUCUGUGCUCCUGCCCCUUGCCUCUGAUCCACUCACGCUUACGCACAUUCACUGUACUCAUGCUGCUCUUGCUUGGGGCCCUUGCCUGGCAGAAGUGGCACACCAUCGCCACUGUAGACUGGCAGGCAUGGGUCCCUUCAAAGUGGAGACUGGACUCUAAGAACUCCAAGCCUCCAUCGGAUAGAUCUUAAGGGGCUGGGAGGACCAUCACCUGAGUUUGCUAGUGUCCUCCCUGUUUGGGGGUGUUUAGGGUGCCAGUAAGCCCUCCCUAGACAGCUACUUCACAGCUCUUUAAUUCCAUAACCACCAACCUGGUGAGAUGUAUGCAGA